AUGUUUAAGAAACGCACUAUUAAGAAAGAUAACGCUAGGCCGAAUGAGAAGAGGAAGUUGGAACAGGCAGACUUGAGUGAACUGGUGCAAUUAGAAACCACGAUUGAUGGUGAUGUGCCUGAGACACCUAAGACAUCAAAUUUCGCAACUCUGCAAAAAAACAGACUAGGUGGAACUGGUGGGUUUAAGAAGCGAAAACAAUUGGAUGACGAAAAGACUAAAAGAAGAGAUGCUUCUGUACACUUGGAAGAGAAUGAAGAAACAAAUAAUAAUGUAAAUAGGGAAGAGGACCAAGAGGCGCUGAAGGUAUCUGUCUCCAAACCAUUGAAGGCGAUCCCGGUAAGCAUCAACAGAACUACAGUUACUGAUUUUCAACCUGAUGUCUGCAAGGAUUUCCUACAAACUGGAUACUGUGGAUAUGGGGAUACUUGUAAAUUCUUACAUGUUAGAGAUGAGCUGAGGCAAAAGAGGGCCAUAAAUAAGGAGUGGGAAUCUGUAGGUGGAAAAGCAUCACAGAAGUCUAUAUCAGAAGUUGAAGUGUCAGGUGAUGGAUCACGUGGUCUGCCCCAUCCAUUUAGAUGUGUGCUAUGCAAAUCAGACUACAAAUCUCCAGUCAUUACAAGCUGUGGACAUCUCUUUUGUCAGAAAUGCUUCUUAGAUAGAGUUAAAAAGAAACACGCCUGUUUCAUUUGUGGCAAAGAUACACUAGGUGUAUGUAAACCAGUGCUGAAAGCGGAAUUAGCGAAGCUUUUAGAGAGCUAG